AUGACAAACGAUGCCAAUCCAAAGCACAAGUGGGGAUCGGGGUGGCUAAGAAUGGACACAAACAGUAACAAAUCUUUUGCCAGCUUCAUGCUUCUCCUGUUUGCCACCAAAACCACCACCACCGACUUGGUGAGUUCUGACCCUCACCGCACCAGGAGGCUCACGAACCAGGAGGGCGACUUUUUAGACCCCGCCUUUUCACUACGGGAAGCUGGAUUGAAGAAUGGAGACACCUUAAUGGCGAUUGCGCAAAACGCACGGAUGGUCGCAAGCUCGGAUGCCUUUGCACUCUGGUGCUGUGGCGGGCGAGUGGUCACCUGGGGCGCCAAACGCGCAGGGGGAGACAGCACCAUGGUGCAGGAGCAGCUGAACAAUGUUCAAGAGAUCAAAGCCUCCGACUGGGCCUUUGCAGCCUUGCUGGCCUCUGGCUCGGUGGUUUGCUGGGGCGACCCCGAGUAUGGUGGCGAUUGUGGCCGGGUGGAAGAUCAGCUCCAGAGAGUGACGCAGAUCCAGUCCACGGCCGGUGCUUUUAGUGCCAUCCUAGACGAUGGAGCUGUGAUUUCCUGGGGCGACCCGAACCAUGGUGGAGACAGCAGCUGGAUCGAAGAUGAGCUUCAAGAGGUUCAUCAACUUCAAUCUUCCUACCGUGCCUUUGCUGCGCUGCUGUUGGAUGGCUCAGUUUGUGCCUGGGGUGACCCUGCCUUUGGCGGGGACUGUCAGCAGGUGAGAGAGCAGCUGGUGGAUGUGUGCGCGAUUCAGUCGAACUUGGGUGCGUUCGCAGCCAUUCGACGAGAUGGGUCAGUGGUGACCUGGGGAGAUGCCGAAGGUGGUGGCCAAAUGAACUUGGCCCUGCAAGGCGAGCUACGACACGUUUGCUGCAUCCAAUCGACUGCCUGGGCCUUCGCAGCGGUCGCGGGUGCCACGCGGCGUGUGGUGACCUGGGGACGCUCGGGCUACGGCGGCGAUUUGGCCCAGCAGCUGGAGGGUGUCCUGGAAAUCCAAGCAUCAGAGCGUGCCUUUGCUGCGCUGCUCAAAGAUGGGCGUGUGGUCACCUGGGGGUUUCCUGGCUUUGGCGGUGACAGCAGCAGGGUCCGAGAUCAGCUCUAUGACGUGCACCAGAUCCAGUCCACUGUCGCCGCCUUCGCCGCGGUGCGCACCGAUGGCUCAGUGGUUACCUGGGGUGACCCCGAGCACGGUGGCGACAGCAGCAACCUCCAGGAGCGCUUGGUGGAGGUCCAGCAGAUCCAGUCGACCUUGAGCGCCUUCGCAGCGCUGCGAAAGGAUGGCUCAGUGGUGACCUGGGGCAGUCGCUAUGGAGGUGGUGAUAGCGCCAAGGUGCAAGAUCAGCUGAAGGAUGUCCAGCAGAUUGCGGCCUCCAGAGACGACUUCGUGGCCAUGACGCUGGAAGGUGAGGUCUUUCGACGGACUCGAGGGUUUCGGGACAAGCCCACAUGUCUUUUGGUGGAAAGAUUUGGACAGAUUCGGAACGGAUCAUGGUAG